AAUAAUGACUUCCCUUGCUUACUAACUUUAGUGAAACUGAACGAAAAUAACCUCAUCAACACACCAACACAACCAUUAUAAAUUUUAUCUUCUUCCAAACCCAUCUCUCAUCUUUCUCUAGCUAGAUACUCAAUACAUUAUUAUGGCCUCGAGUUUUAUAAAAUCAAUUCCUUUCCUUCUCUUACUUGCCAUAGCCAAAGCAACUGAUCCAGAUUUCAUGACUGAUUUUGUAGUUCCGACAAACUCUACUGAAAAUGGCGCCAUUGAUGGGAGUUUCUUCAGUUUCACUGGCCUGCGCAAUGUGGUUAACUCUGACUACCCGCAAACCUUCAAAGUGACUAAAGCUACCUCAACAAAGUUUCCAGCUCUAGAUGGUCAGGGUGUCUCUUAUUCUUUUUUACAAUUUCCAGCCGGAGCCAUUAGCCCACCUCACACACACCCGCCUUUAACUGAGCUACUCUUGGUGUUAAAGGGGCGGCUAAAUGUUGGGUUAAUUGACACCAAUAACAAACUUUAUAAACAGACCCUUAGAGCUGGAGACAUGUUUGUGUUUCCCAAGGGAUUGGUGCACUUUCAAUCUAAUGAUGAUCCAAAACAGCCUUGUGUUGCUCUCUCUGCGUUUGGAAGUGCUGAUGCAGGCACAGUUUCAAUUCCUCGUAAUGUGUUUUCCAGUGGCAUUGAUGAUGGCAUCCUUGCUAAGGCUUUCAAUAUUGAUGUUGCAACUAUUCAAAAGCUGAAAAGAGGCCUAGCAGGCUAACACCCAAGGCUUAAAAGCGUCUCCAUUGAGGAAGAGUAGUGUAGUGCCUGCCAUGGCACCAAAAACUUAAUAAAUAAAUCUUUCUGUUCCUCGGGAAA